AUGGAAAAGACGAGCUUCAUGAUUGGAUAUCUCCAGUCAAUGAUUUUCCUGUACAUUCCUUCGCUUUUACUUCUGAUUCUUCAUUCUCUGAUUCUUUGUUUUCUCGUUGUUCCCAUGAUACAGACUCUGUCUACUCUACGGAUGUGUCUAUUUGCUUUUCUUCUCCGAGUGUUGUAUCUGAUUCACUUUCUGAAACUGAUUUCACAAAGGAGAAUACUUGUUCGUGCGACGAAGGGGAUCCAAUUCCUAACAUCGCCUUGCCUGUCACGUCCUUUGGACGGAUCUUCUUCAGACCUCGAUUCUGAACCUAAACCGUUAAAUACCAGUAUUACUCAUUAUUCUGAUCAAGAACGCUUACUGUGUAAGCAGAGACGCCUUUAUCGUAAGCAAAUUCUAAAGAAAAAGCGUGAGCUAGGGUUGAUUAACAUAGCGAAUAGUAAAGUGAUUCGUUACAAGCAGAAGCAGACGACUGCGAUGCAAAAGAAUCGCUGCAACGGAAAAUUCGCUAGUGUUUUGUGGUCUGUUUGUAAGAAACACUCGAGUUGUGUGAAAUGCUCAUUCCUUCGUUGUGAAGGCUCACUUCGGACACAUGAUAAUCCCACUUCUGCCAAACAGCUUCAAUCACUUCUCUUCGGCAUCUCUCAGCAUUGCAUACACAAUAGAAGGAAUCGGCUCCACCAGCUCCAGCCACCAUGCAACCCAUCACCCAAUCGAUCUUAG